CCGAGUUACACAGGAAGUCGGUUAGCAUUGCACCGUAAACGCAAUGAUUUGAGACUGAAGGCGACAAUUUGUAUGAAAUAUUAGGCGCUUGUGUAGUUCCGUAAUAAUAUUGUAUUUGUAUACGAUCUGGUUUACUUAUACUUUAUAGGAAGAAUAAAAACAAGUCAAGAUGCUAAUUAAGGUUAAGACUCUAACAGGAAAGGAAAUUGAAAUUGACAUUGAGCCAACAGACAAGGUUGAAAGGAUCAAAGAGAGAGUCGAGGAGAAAGAGGGGAUUCCACCUCAGCAGCAGAGGCUGAUCUACAGCGGCAAACAAAUGAAUGACGAGAAGACUGCCGCAGACUACAAAAUCCAGGGCGGCUCCGUGCUCCACCUGGUUUUGGCACUAAGAGGAGGUCUCUCCUACAGUCCCCAUGUUCAGCGAUUCCCCCUGUAAUCUCCGGAACAGCCCUGACAGCCAGCUUGGUCAGCGUCAUGACACACCACCACUCUUUGCUGCAACUCCUACCACUGCUGAAGUACAUUGCUGCUGAGCAUUCUUAUUACUAAUGGAUGUAAUAAUAUGCAUUUGUAGAAUAUGCAGUAAUGAGCACCUUUUAAUUUUUCAACCGUUUGGGAGCAUUGCAGGAGUGCAUACUGACUACUUGAUGUACACGUGAGAAAUGCUGUGGUCAGGGAGAUCAUUGAUCGCUUUGCAGUAAAAAGUAUCAACUGUCCCUGUGUUAGUGUAUCACAUGAAUCCUUUUUGGUCCCUAAAAUGACUUGGGCUAUUAUAUCACUGCAAAAU